AUGUCCAUCCAUGUCGAACCACGCUUCGAGCACUACUGGAGUACCGCUCCAACUAAUCCAGUACACCGAAUUGCUAGAUUCGUGUCACGAAAUCGUUUUCAACUUCUCUACGGGCGCUUUUGUGUCUGGGAUAUUAUGGAGCCUCUACAAGGGGUUUUCAAUAAGAUCGAAAAUUGGAGUAACCACUUACAAGAAACAUCAACCCGAUACUGGAAGCCAGCGCCUGAGGGUAGCGUUGACGAAGCUAUGGUGAGGUACACUAGCAAGAGCACUGAAACUGUCCAUCUUCCUGCAAAGCCCAUGCCAAUAGGGGUACAAGGCAGUGGACCGGUCGGAUACGACGCCUCUUUAUACCCGGAGCUAGCUCCAACACAAGAAAUUGUUAUCGAUCUCCUUAGUCGACUGCCGGCUCCUCCGUCCAUAAGUCACGCGUAUCACCGCUAUAUGGACAAUAUCUUUAGCACCCCUGAGCUCUUCGAGUUCUUGAGGGACCAAGGUACAGCUGUUACAGGUACUGCGCGUCUUGGAAGGAUUGACAGCCGCAAGAUGGCAGAGCUAAAGGCUGAAGAUAGAUCCAAGGAUGUUGUCGCUUGGGGUACUCUACGUAAGGAAGCAUUAGACCAAAGAAGUUAUGCCGUUUGCUUUCAAGGACAACGCGUUAGUGCUUGCUUUAAGUACACGUUUUACUGGAUUCGAGCCUUCGAUAUGGAGACUACGUAG